CCACCCACCACCAUCCCCGCCUGCACUGGCGCACCAGACAAGGCACGCCCUCUCCCCUCACUAACCACCUAACCAACCAACCCACCAUUCACACCUCCACCAGGACCGCAGAUUGGGCAGCACCACACGUCUCGCUGCCGUAGUUACAACGGGGUGCAGAGCGUGGGCACCAAGAACGGGGUUUGGACUGGGUGCGCGCGAUGGUGUGCGGCGCCGACGGACAACUGGGUGACAGACGGGCUGGACCCUUUCACGUGCAGCGACAAUCGGGCCGAAGACAAUCCGCUCAGAAAAUAAUUCCGAACGAGCAAGAAAGAUAGUACCCAGCAGCGCAGAAGAAACUCAGCAGCGCCCGCGCAAACCACCACCACACGCCGCCGACGAUGGAUCCCGAACAGGAGCUUCAAGAAGGCACCAGCCUGCCAGCCGUGGGAGCCGACAACGCCAAGACGUUCGCCGACUUCGGGCUGGACGCGAAAACGCUCGCGGGCAUCGAGGCCAUGGGCCUGGGCGAUAAGGAACCCACCGAGAUCCAGAAGAAGGGCAUUCCGCCAGCGCUGGCGGGCAAGGACAUUCUGGGCGCCGCGAAGACGGGCUCCGGCAAGACGCUGGCGUUCCUCAUCCCCGCCGUCGAAAUGCUGCGCAACCUCAAGUUUAAGCCGCGCAACGGGACCGGCGUCGUGGUCAUCACGCCGACGCGUGAGCUGGCCCUGCAGAUUUUCGGCGUCGCGAAGGAGCUCAUGUCCCAGCACACGCAGACGUACGGCAUUGUCAUGGGCGGCGCGAACAAGUCGGCUGAGUCGCAGAAGCUCGAGAAGGGCAUCAACCUCAUUGUGGCCACCCCCGGCCGCCUGCUCGACCACUUGCGCGAUACCAAGGGCUUCGUCUUCCGCAACCUCAAGACCUUGAUCAUCGACGAGACGGACCGCCUGCUCGAGACGGGUUUCGAGGACGAACUCAGAGCCAUCAUCUCCAUUCUCCCCUCCGACCGCCAGACCCUUCUUUUCUCCGCCACCCAGUCGACCGAAGUCAAGGACCUCGCGCGCCUGUCUCUCAGGCCCUCGCCCAUGUACAUCAGCGCCGACCACUACGCGGAGCACAGCACUGCCCAGGGGCUGGUGGACCAGGGAUACAUUCUGUGCGAGGCCGACAAGCGGUUCUUGCUGCUCUUCGCGUUCCUGAAGAAGAACGUGCAGAAGAAGAAGAUCAUUGUCUUCUGCUCCAGCUGCAACGUCGUCCAGUACUUCACGGAGCUGCUCAACUACAUCGACAUCCCCGUCCUCGGUCUGCACGGCCAACACAAGCAGCAAAAGCGAACAAACACCUUCUACGAGUUCGUCAACGCAAAGCACGGCGCGCUGUUCUGCACCGACGUCGCGGCGCGCGGUCUCGAUAUCCCCGCCGUGGACUGGGUGAUCCAGUUCGACCCGCCCGACCACCCGCGCGAGUACAUCCACCGCGUCGGCCGCACGGCCCGCGGCGCCGACGCAACCGGCCGCUCGCUGAUCAUCCUGCAGCCGUCCGAAGUCGGCUUCGUCAAGCACCUGGUCGACGCCCGCAUCCCGCUGACCGAGUACAACAUGCCCAAGCUGCUGAACAUCCAGUCGCAGCUCGAGAAGCUCGUCUCCAGCAACUACUACCUGCACCAGGCGGCCAAGAACGGCUACAAGAGCUACAUUGCCGCCUACGCCGCCCACAGCCUGCGCUCCGUCUUCGACAUCAACAAGCUCGACCUCGUCAAGGUCGCUAAGGGCUUCGGCUUCACCGUCCCUCCCCGUAUCGAUCUCCAGCUCGGCUCCAGCAUGAGCAAGGACAAAUCCCAGAAGCGGAGGCCGUAUGGUAGCCAGCCGUCGCAAAAGCGCAGGAAGAUGUCCUCGUAGGCCGGCGCCCCAAAGGCUGUCAUGUCUGUAAAUCUAUAAUGUCUUAGACGUUUUGAGCCGUAGGGAGUCGCCAGGCAUGGGGCGCACGCUGCCGGCGUAGCACCGUGAAGCGCAUUCUAGCGCCGCCGCCUUCAUCGCCCAGAACUAGGGCAUGAAUGAGUUGAGCUGCCGCGCUCGUACUGCUUCAUCCGGAGGCGCUAGUCGUAAAGCGCCCUCCGCCUACACACGGCGGGAGCAAAGAAAACUCCAAGCUCAGCGACGACGGCCGUGAAAAAA